UCAUCUAUGGUGGGCAGAGAGGGGAGCAGAGGGCCUGGAUUCCUGAAUCUUUGGUGGCUGCAGGGUGGGAGUGAGGCCCUGGUCCUGGAGGAUAGAGGGGUGCGUCUCUCUGGGUCUGUUCCUGGCGCUGGGCCAGGUCUGAGUCACGCUGCUUGCUCCCUUCCUCCUCCCCAGCUCUCAUUCACCUCCACACUGCAGCCAAGGGAGGCCCGUCCUGGUGUGGGCUGCUGCCUGUGGCCUUGGGCAGGCAUGAGCAGAGGGGCUUGGGGUUGCCCGUCCUCCCCUACCAUGCUGGGGCUUCCCUCCCCCUUCACUGAGCCCUGGUUAAUUAUAACUCUGACCUAAGUGCCCUGUGACGUCGCGCCCAGGCCAGCCCUGCCCAGGAGACCCAGCAACCAGGUCCAUGUCUCAGCCAUGCUCCCCAUGGAGGUGCCCCAAUCCCACCCAGGCCCCUCAGCGUUGCUUCUGCUGCAGCUGCUGCUGCCCCCCACAUCUGCUUUCUUCCCCAACAUCUGGAGCCUGCUGGCUGCCCCUGGCUCCAUCACCCACCAAGACCUGACUGAGGAGGCAGCACUCAACGUCACCCUGCAGCUCUUCCUGGAGCAGCCGCCCCCAGGCCGCCCCCCUCUUCGUCUUGAGGACUUCCUGGGUCGAACACUCCUUGCCGAUGACCUCUUUGCUGCCUACUUUGGACCUGGGUCUCCUUCCCGGAGGUUCCGAGCAGCCUUAGGUGAGGUGUCUCGUGCCAAUGCAGCCCAGGACUUCCUACCAACUUCCAAAAAUGACCCCGACCUGCACUUUGAUGCUGAGCGACUGGGUCAGGGACGUGCGCGCCUGGUAGGGGCUCUGCGGGAAACCCUGGUGGCAGCCAGAGCCCUUGACCACACCCUGGCCCGCCAGUGCCUCGGGGCUGCGCUCCAUGCCCUGCAGGAUUUCUACAGUCACAGCAAUUGGGUGGAGCUGGGUGAGCAGCAGCCACACCCUCACCUCCUCUGGCCAAGGCAGGAGCUCCGAAACCUGGCACAAGUGAGCGAUCCUACCUGCUCCGAUUGCGAGGGGUUGAGCUGCCCUGGGAAUUGGCUGGGCUUCACCCUCCUCACCUCGGGUUACUUUGGAACUCAUCCCCCCAAGCCUCCAGGGAAAUGUAGCCACGGGGGCCAUUUUGACCGGAGCAGCUCCCAGCCACCUCGGGGAGGCAUCAACAAGGACAGCACAUCCCCAGGCUUCUCUCCUCACCACAUGCUGCAUCUCCAGGCUGCAAAACUGGCCCUUCUAGCCUCCAUCCAGGCCUUCAGCCUUCUUCGAAGCCGCCUGGGAGACAGGGAUUUCUCCAGGCUGCUGGACAUCACCCCAGCGUCCAGCCUGAGCUUUGUCCUGGACACCACAGGCAGCAUGGGUGAGGAGAUCAAUGCUGCCAAAAUCCAGGCUCGCCACAUUGUGGAGCAGCGCAGGGGCAGCCCCAUGGAGCCUGUCCACUAUGUCCUGGUGCCUUUUCAUGACCCAGGGUUUGGCCCUGUGUUUACAACCAGUGACCCUGACAGCUUCUGGCAACAGCUUAAUGAGAUCCAUGCCUUGGGGGGUGGAGAUGAGCCUGAGAUGUGCCUGUCAGCCCUACAGCUGGCCCUGCUGCACACACCGCCACUGUCAGACAUCUUUGUCUUCACGGAUGCCUCCCCCAAGGAUGCCUUUCUCACCAACCAGGUGGAAUCCCUGACUCAGGAGCGGCGCUGCCGGGUAACAUUCCUAGUGACUGAAGACCCAUCAAGGGUUCAGGGCCGAGCUCGGCGUGAGGUCUUGUCCCCUCUGCGUUUUGAGCCAUACAAAGCAGUGGCCCUUGCCUCGGGAGGAGAGGUGAUUUUCACCAAAGACCAGCACAUUCAGGACGUGGCAACCAUUGUUGGGGAGAGCAUGGCUGCCCUGGUGACUCUUCCCCUGGACCCUCCUGUUGUGGUGCCUGGGCAGCCACUUGUGUUCACUGUGGAUGGGCUGCUCCAGAGGAUCACAGUCCGGAUCCACGGAGACAUCAGCAGCUUCUGGAUCAAGAACCCUGCAGGGGUCUCCCAGGGCCAGGAGGAAGGCAUGGGUCCUCUAGGUCACACUCGCCGCUUUGGGCAGUUCUGGAUGGUGACCAUGGAUGACCCUCUGCAGACAGGAACCUGGGAGAUCCAGGUCACAGCUGAGGGCACCCCCGGGGUUAGAGUGCAAGCCCAUACCUCCCUGGACUUCCUCUUCCACUUUGGGAUCCCCAUGGAGGAUGGACCCCACCCUGGCCUCUAUCCCCUGACUCAGCCAGUUGCAGGUCUUCAGACCCAGCUGCUGGUAGAAGUGACAGGGCUGGGUUCCAGAGUCAAUCCCGGGGAUCCUCAGCCGCAUUUCUCCCAUGUCAUCCUUCGAGGGGUCCCCGAGGGUGCCGAACUAGGCCAGGUGCCCUUGGAGCCCGUGGGACCCCCAGAGCGAGGUCUCCUCGCAGCCUCGCUGCCGGCCACGCUGCUGUCAACCCCUAGACCCUUCUCCCUGGAGCUGAUUGGCCAGGACGGAGUGGGGCGGCGCCUGCACAGGGCUGCCCCUCAGCCUAGCACUGUGGUCCCUGUUCUUCUGGAGCUUAGCGGCCCCUCGGGUUUCUUGGCCCCGGGCAGCAAGGUCCCGCUCAGUCUCCGCGUCGCCAGCUUCUGGGGCCCUCAGGAUCUUGACCUUAGGACAUCCGUCAACCCCAGCUUCCCCCUCACCUCCAACCUCUCCAGGGCUCACUUGGAACUGAAUGAGUCCGCCUGGGGCCGCCUGUGGCUGGAGGUCCCAGACUCAGCGGCCCCAGAUUCCGUGGUGAUGGUGACUGUGACUGCCGCGGGACGAGAAGCCAGCCCAGUGCCCCCGACUCAUGCUUUCCUCCGGCUCCUGGUGCUGGCCCCAGCCCGGCAGGACCAGCUCGCUGCCCCUACCCACUCACAUGACCCUGUCUUCACCACGGCCACCCCUGCCUUUUGCCCCUUCACAUUGGUGACUCAAGGCAGGGCUGGGGCAGGGCUGUCGGGCAGCCUGUGGUGGGGCACAAUUGGAGGAGUGCUGCUUCUGCUAGGCCUGGACUCCUGGUGACACAACAGUCUCUACGGGGAUGGGUCUCCGGAACUAUUUUCAACCUGCCCCAUUGGUAAGAAGAAGUGGGACACAUUUGCCACAUAGGCCUUAGGACCUUACCUCUCCUAGAUUUUUUUUUUUGAGACGGAGUCACCAUAUUGGCCAGGCUGGUCUUGAACUCUGACCUCAUGAUCCUCCUGCCUCGGCCUCCCAAAGUGCUGGGAUUACAGACGUGAGCCAUUGUGCCUGACCAGCCACCAUGCCUGGCCUCUUUUCUUUUCUUUUUCCUUCCUUUUUUUUUGAGACGGAGUUUCACUGUUGUUACCCAGGCUGGAGUGCAAUGGCAUGAUCUCAGCUCACCGCAACCUCCGUCUCCUCGGUUCAAGCAAUUCUCCUGCCUCAGCCUCCCGAGUAGCUGGGACUACAGGCACGCGCCACCAUGCCCAGCUAAUUUUCGUAUUUUUAGUAGAGACAGGGUUUCACCAUGUUGACCAGGAUGGUCUCGAUCUCUUGACCUUGUGAUCCACCGCCUCCCAAAGUGCUGGGAUGAUAGGCGUGAGCCACCGCACCCGGACCCUUUCUUUCUCUUUAUUUUCUUUCUCUUCCUCUCUUCCUUCCUUCCUUUCUUUUCUCUCUCUCUCUCCCUCCCUUCCUUCCUUUUCUUGAGACAGAGUUUUGUUCAUGUCGCUCAAGCUGGAGUGGAAUGGCACAAUCUAGGCUCACUGCAGCCUUCACCUCCUGGGUUCAAGCGAUUCUCCUGCCUCAGCUUCCCCAGUAGCUGGGAUCACAGGUGCCCACCACUAUGUCCAGCUACUUUUUUGUAUUUUUAGUAAGAGACAGGGUUUCACCAUGUUGGCCAGGCUGGCUGGUCUUGAACCCCUGACCUCAUAUGAUCCACCUGACUUGGUUUCCCAAAGAGCUGAGAUUGCAGGUGUGAGCCACCACACCUAGCCAAUGAAGGUUUUUUUUUUUUUCUCCACAUCCCUUUCCUUUCUUAAAAACUGCAAGACUGGGGCUGAAUGCAGUGGCUCACGUCUGUAAUCCCAGUACUCUGGGAGGCUGAGGCAGGAGGAUAGCUUGAUUCCAGGAGGUCGAGGCUGCAGUAAACUGUGGUCGCAUCACUGCAGUACAGCCUGGGCAACAGUGAGAUCCUAUCUCGGAAACAAAACAAAACAGAAAACCCUGCAAGACUGGGAUAUAUGGCAAUGGAUUUUCCCACAGUGCACUUUUCCUAACCCUAUGAGAAACAAACAAAGACAUUUUUGGAGAAAGUUGCUUUCUGGAGCAGCUUCGGUUUUAUUUUUGUAUUUAAGGCUGAAGGACAGUUUCAAUAAACAUAUCGGCCAGGUGCGGUGGCUCAAGCCUGUAAUCCCAGCACUUUGGGAGGCCAAGGCGGGUGGAUCACGAGGUCAAGAGAUCAAGACCAUCCUGGUCAAAUUGGUGAAACCCCGUCUCUACUAAAGAUACAAAAAAUUAGCUGGGCAUGGUGGCGCGUGCCUGUAAUCCCAGCUACUCAGGAGGCUGGGAGGCAGGAGAAUUGCCUGAACCCAGGAGGCGGAGGUUGCGGUGAGCCGAGAUCGUGCCUUUGCACUCCAGCCUGGGUAACAAGAGUGAAACUCCGUCUCAAAAAACAAACAAACAGACAAACAAAAAACAUACCUUCUCCCCAGAGGGAUUUCAAAGAAAGACCAUUUUUGCAUUUCAUAUAGGGGAGAAUGAGGACAUGUGACACCAAGAAGAUGAAAGAAAGUUUUCAGGAGUAGAGGAGACACUUUACACCAAGAUGUCUGAACUUUAUUGACUUACUACUGGAGCCAUUUUUUAGCUGUUAAGAAGCGGAAUAAGGAGCCUGGGGCUUCUGACUCUUUCACCAGACUUAGGGGAGUGAGAGGAAGGUUUAGACAUGGGUAGGGCCUCUUGGCCCCUUAGGGCAGCCCCACUGAGCCAUCUCCUCCUUUGGCUGGGUGACUCCUUUCUGCUGCCUUGACAACUCCUGGAGGAGAGGAGAAACAGACAGGGCCUCUGGGAUCCUCCCUGCCCUGUAGGGUGUGGCUCCUGCCCUCUCCCUUGAAGUUUACCUGUUGCUGCCACAAGUUCGGCUUCCUUGGUCUUUCCUUUGAAUCCUGGGUGGUGCAGGAACUAGCCUUGUUCAGUGUACUUGGGGAGAACUGGAGGGGAAAUUUGCUGUGUUUUCUGUUAAGCCAGCACUGACCCCAACAACUCCCCUCUCUAGUCCCACUUCCCAAAAGUCUAAACUGAAAACAAUAAACUCACCUUCUCCUGAAUCAGAUUCUGCAAA